AGGAAUUAUUAAAAUAUGCAGGAAAUUAGCGAUGACACAGUUUUAAAAGAGCAAUUAGAGAAAGAUGUAUAUGAUGAAGAGAAUGAAGAACAGCAGUUGGGGGAAAGAUCAAUAGAAGAGAUAGAGGAAGUGACUCAGGAAAUAAAAGAAACAGAGAGCGAUGAAAGGGACGAGAAAAUAGAUAAAAGCAUUGCGACAUUUUUGCGUGACAAAGGUUUGAGUGAAAAUCUCAUCGAGACAUUGAUUAAUACUGGUCUUACGGAUGAACACGUCAGACUUUUAAAAGCUUUAAAUCUAACCGAUGACGACAUUGAUAAUUUGCGAGAUUUAUGGCGAACAAAGAUCGAAGUUAGCAAAAACAGCGAUUCUAUUAAUUCCUCUACACUCGACGAUUCGUCGUCUGAUGAACAUUUGUCACCGAAUAGUGUCUAUCUAAGAAAAGUCUUGAGCAAACCUUUGAUCCAGGCUCUUUGCGAAAUUGUGGCAAAGAAACCGACUGAUCCCGUGGAAUAUUUGGGCCAUUGGUUACUUCAUUUUAAGAAUUUCAAAAUGAUUGCAUCGGAAGUUGGGUCCACGAAUGCGGAGCCUGUACAUGUCAGGAUUACAAGUGAGAAAGCUCCGCUGAUCCAUGGUAGAGGGGUACUUCAACGACUGAGUAAUAUUUUUAAAUUUGGAAGGACGCCACAUACAGAGGGAGAUGGCUAUGUUGAGUUUGGUAACCUUGGUGUGGAUAGCACUCGUACAUUGGGAACCUUUGCUGGUGUAUUCAGCCCAGUUACACUGUCUAUGUUCAGUGCCUUAGUUUUCAUACGAAUGGGAUACAUUGUGGGCAACGCAGGAUUACUUGUCACUUUAGUUCAAUUUAUUAUAGCAUAUAGUAUUUUGUUAUUUACAGUCGCGUCUGUCUGUGCUAUUUCGACAAAUGGAGCUGUGGAGGGUGGUGGUGCUUAUUUUAUGAUUAGUCGAACAUUAGGACCUGAAUUUGGCGGUUCUAUCGGUACCCUUUUCUUCAUGGCUAAUAUAGUGUCCAGUGCACUUUGUAUCUCUGGAUGCGCUGAGGGUUUGGUCGAAAAUUUCGGUCCAUCCGGUUAUUUGAGCGGCAAAGCUGGACUUAUACCGGACGGUCGUUGGUGGAGAUUUUUGUAUUGUUCCAUACUAAACACCGCUAAUCUCGUAGUUUGUCUCAUCGGAGCCGCAAUGUUCGCAAAAACUAGCGUCGCAAUCUUGGCGGUUGUCUGCAUCUGUCUAAGUAGUGUCUUUAAGUUUUUGACUCAAGGCGCGAUGGAGAUACCAAUACCAGAUGCGAAUACAUUGGUGCAAAAUGCAACAGAGCAUGUAAAUGGAAGUUACACAGGUCUACUGUCUGCUACACUUUCCAGCAAUCUCUAUGCAAAUUACAGCGCGGAUUACUCAAGUGGAGGCAUCAUAACGGACUUUGCAAGUGUAUUUGGUGUCCUAUUCAGCGGUGUGACUGGAAUAAUGGCUGGAGCCAAUAUGAGUGGUGAGUUGAGAAAUCCUGGACAAAACAUUCCGCGUGGGACGUUAUCCGCAGUAUUAUUUACAUUUGUGUGCUACAUAUUGCUGUCCGUAUUGACGGCCGCUACUACCAGUCGCUUUUUGCUGCAAAAUAAUUUUAUAUACAUGAUGCCGAUCAAUAUGUGGCCACCAUUUGUCGCUGUCGGGAUUCUCACAGCGACUUUUAGCGCCGGUUUAAGCAACUUGAUCGGUUCUAGCAGAGUAUUGGAAGCAUUGGCCAAGGAUAAUGUAUUCGGUUCGGGAUUGAAUUUCAUAAUUCAAGGUACAUGGCGUGGCAAUCCGAUAGCAGCAGUAUUAACUUCGUGGCUUUUGGUGCAGACAAUCUUACUCAUUGGUUCAUUGAAUACUAUCGCUCAAAUUAAUUCAGUACUAUUUCUCUUAAGUUAUCUCGCUACCAAUCUUGCGUGUCUUGGAUUGGAACUCGCUAGUGCACCAAACUUUAGACCAACGUUUACUUACUUUACAUGGCACACGGCGACUAUAGGUCUCCUCGGAACACUGAUAAUGAUGUUCGUCAUCAACAGCAUUUACGCUUCCAGCAGCAUAAUAUUGUGCUUAAUCUUGAUCAUCGUCUUGCAUUUGUUCUCGCCGAGCAAGAACGCUCCAUGGGGCAGCAUAUCUCAAGCGUUGAUAUUCCAUCAAGUCAGGAAGUACCUGUUGAUGUUGGACUCGCGCAAAGAUCACGUCAAGUUCUGGCGUCCGCAGAUGCUGCUGAUGGUCGCGUCUCCGCGUUCCGCUUGUCCUCUCAUUGAUUUUGUAAAUGACCUAAAGAAAGGAGGUCUCUACGUCAUCGGACACGUGAAGGUCGGCGAAUUUGCCGGUCAGAAUAGCGAUCCUACGAUAGACGAGUAUCCGCACUGGCUAAGUUUAGUCGAUCACAUGAGAGUUAAGGCCUUCAUCGAGUUGACCGUGACGAAGACUGUGCGCGAAGGCAUGCAUCACUUGAUAAGACUGUCCGGAAUGGGUGCGAUGAAACCGAACACGAUUGUUCUUGGUUUUUACGACGAGGAAGCGCCAAGAGACUUCUUCCUCGAUUCUCAGUACGCGACGACGAUGUUUGAAAAUACUACAACGCUUCCGAAUAACGCUGUGUUCCCUCUGAGGCAAGCAACGGGCGAAAAGAAUCUGGAUCAGAUUCAGUAUGUCGGGAUGUGCUCGGAUAUUCUGAGAAUGAAGAAGAAUCUCUGUCUGUGUAGAAACUUCCAUCUAUUGAAUAAAGCGCAGUUAACAAGAAAUUCAAAUCUGAAAUACAUCGACGUGUGGCCAGUCAAUUUCUUUCAACCUACCGAUCAGGAUCCAUUCGAUACGACGUCGCUAUUCAUGCUUCAGCUCGCUUGCAUCAUCAACAUGGUAUCUAGUUGGAAGAACUUGCAUCUCAGAGUGUUCCAUUGCGAGAUCGCGGACGGCAGCGAGAGCCUAAGUAUCUCAGAUUCCCGCAGUUCGAUGAACGAAUAUCCGAGAACCUCGAACGAGCACAGAAUACGGAAAUCGUUGAACUUGCUGCGAAUUUCCGCGUCAAUUAAAAAGAUCCCGGAAUGGGCAGAGCAAGUUCGAGGAUUGAAGGGCAGAUCUCUGCUUGAACCAAAAAAUCAAUAUGAAUCGAGCACCGAGUCAAACAGUUUAUUGAGCAACAUGUCUCGAGCUUAUAUAUUGGGCGUCAAUCAACUGAUAAGACAAUAUUCUUCUCAAACUGCGACGACAUUUAUUUAUCUACCUGCACCGCCAGCAUCGAACACUUGGGACGAGGAUGAUAUGUAUCGACAGUAUCUGCAGUUGUUGACGGAAUUGACUGUGGAUCUACCACCAACAGUUUUGGUGCACGGUGUUAGUGCAGUCACAUCGACCACCUUAUAACAAAAAUUAAUACGAAUAGACAAUGUUUGAAACUUUCUCCACAGGUAACCAGAGGAAGAAAAAUAAAUUUUACAAAUAUACUAAAUUAUAAUUUCUUGGUCAUA